AUGUCAACAUCCGGACCUCCACAAUUCCGAUACACGCAGACCCCAUCCAAGGUUUUGCAUCUCCGCAACCUGCCAUGGGAGUGCUCGGAGGAAGAGCUGGUCGAGCUCUGCAAACCAUUUGGGAAGAUCGUCAACACCAAGAUCAAUGUUGGCGCCAAUCGCAAUCAGGCCUUUGUCGAAUUCCCCGACCUAAAUCAGGCAAUUCAAAUGGUUUCCUACUAUGCAUCAUCAUCUGAGCCGGCACAAGUUCGUGGUAAAACUGUGUAUAUACAGUACUCGAACAGACACGAGAUUGUCAACAACAAGAGUCCAGGCGAUAAUCCCGGUAAUGUAUUACUGGUGACUAUGGAAGGGGUAGAAGCUGGCGAUGUCAGCAUUGAUGUUAUUCACUUGGUAUUUUCGGCUUUUGGCUUUGUGCACAAAAUUGCUACCUUUGAAAAAGCAGCUGGCUUUCAGGCUUUAAUUCAAUUCACUGAUUCGGAGACAGCUUCUUCGGCAAGGAAUGCAUUAGAUGGCAGAAGUAUACCAAGAUACUUGCUGCCAGAACAUGUUGGUUCAUGUAACUUGAGAAUCUCAUACUCUGCCCACACUGAUCUUAAUAUUAAGUUCCAGUCUCACAGAAGCAGGGACUAUACAAAUCCAUACUUGCCUGUGAAUCCUACUGCCAUUGAUGGGUCUCUGCAGCUUGCUGUAGGCCCGGAUGGAAGGAAGAAAGAACCUGAGAGUAAUGUUCUACUUGCAUCAAUAGAGAAUAUGCAGUAUGCUGUUACUGUGGAUGUUCUUCAUACGGUGUUUUCAGCUUUUGGUAACGUGCAGAAGAUUGCAAUAUUUGAGAAGAAUGGCAGUACUCAGGCGCUAAUUCAGUAUCCUGAUAUUGCAACGGCAUCUGUAGCGAAGGAAGCUUUAGAGGGACACUGCAUUUAUGAUGGUGGCUAUUGUAAGCUUCAUCUAUCAUACUCUCGUCAUACUGAUCUCAAUGUAAAGGCUUACAGUGAUAAGAGCAGAGACUAUACAAUCCCAGACGCUAGUUUGCUUGCUGCAUCAUCACAAAUCCCAUGGCAGAAUCAUCAAGCUAUGCCAGCAUAUGGUGGGAAUGCAUACAAUGCUCCCCCAGGUGUGCCCGGUAUGCCACAUCAAGCUCCCACUGGCCAGUCGCCCGGUCCAGGACCAGGCUAUGGCUCAAACCCAGGAUCUUAUGGUGGUCAUACAUCAUAUCAACCACAACCGCCUAUGCAUCCGUAUGGCAAUACUGCAGCUGGUCCUCCUCAUUCAUCCCCUCACAUCUCAUAG